GGAACACUCACAGCACAAGCUUGUCUCACUCAGCAUUUUCAGGUUUACUUUCUUUGCUAAUACUUUCCCUUAGCACCUUGUGCCUCAGGCGUGCAAUCAUUUGGCGUGCCUACUUCCCAUUUAAGCACAAGAACAACGAAAGCUCAACAUGAGUGACUGGAGUGCCUUAGACCGGCUCCUACAAAAGGUCCAACCGUACUCCACAACUGGAGGAAAGGUAUGGCUCAAGGUCCUUUUCAUCUUCCGAAUCCUGCUCCUGGGGACUGCCAUCGAAUCAGCCUGGAGUGAUGAGCAGCUUAAGUUCCAUUGCAACACUCAGCAGCCUGGUUGUGAAAAUGUCUGCUAUGACCAAGCUUUCCCGAUCUCUCAUGUGCGCCUCUGGGUCCUACAGAUCAUAUUCGUGUGUGUGCCUACACUCUUAUACCUGGCACAUGUGUUUUAUGAGAUUCGUCAGAAAGAGAGAUCAGACAAGCCAGAAAAGGAACUUGGAGUUGCUCAUUUUAAUGGCGCCAGUGUGGAAACGCACUUGCAGAAAACCGAAGUAAAGAAGUCCAAGUGUGGCAGUGAGGGACACGGUAAGGUGAAGAUAAGAGGAAGGUUGCUGAUAACCUACAUACUCAGUAUUUUCUUCAAGGCCAUCUUUGAGGUGGCCUUCUUGGUGAUCCAGUGGUGCAUUUAUGGAUUUACCCUGAAGGAAGUUUACAUUUGUGAAUCUUCUCCUUGCCCGCACCAGGUGGACUGCUUCCUCUCCCGUCCCACAGAGAAAACCAUCUUCAUCCUCUUCAUGCUGGUUGUGUCCUUGGUGUCUUUAGUCUUGAAUGUCAUUGAGCUGUUCUAUGUCUUAUUUAAGGCCAUUAAGAAUUAUGUGAGAGAUAAGGAUGAGGCUUACUCUGGUACAACUGAUCUGCAGAGCCUUUCCCAUGUCUCAUCACCAAGUGUUCUCCCUGCCACGUUUCUUAACGAUCAGGUGGUUUCUGAGGAUCAUUCUUCAGUCUAUAUUUAAAGUGAGGAAAAUCAUGUCAGUUACAGUACAUAACAAACUGAAAGAGGUAAGGACAGGCAGGAAGUAACCUUCUGGCUUGCACUCAGCCUUUUCUUCACACUGAUGAUAAGCAGAAUUCUCAUAGGGUUUGGGUGGAGAGAAAAGCAAAACAAAGAUACUAAACACUAACAUAGAGUAGCAGCUAGCCAGCAGUACUACUGGUAAUGAUAACAGCAGCCUGAUACUGUGAUUUGUGCUUGAAUACAUUGUGAUUUUUCUUAGUUGCUAAAGAGAAUCAAAGUAUAGUAGAAAAUGUACCCAAGCUUCAGUACAGAUGAUGCUCAAUGGCCUCAAUUGUGACAACUAGAAAAUACAAAGACAUUAGACCACAUAAGUCUGAGACAGGAAGUGGAAGAAACUUGUAACCAAGACAUGUGUUAGUAUUUAAAGUGCUUGACUCUGGAGGGUUAGGUAUCUAGCUCAGUGGUACAUGAUUUGUCUAGCGUUUGUGAGACCUCAAGUAGCAUAUGGAUAAAGAAAUAGUAACUUGAACAAAUGAACUAAAUAAAUAAAGUGGUUGACUCAAAGAACUUUUAGUCCAAAUUUAACUUGUACUAGGCAAUGUAAAAGGACCUAUCCUCUCCCAUAUUGUCCUAGAAUGGUUCUGUGUAUGGGGAAGAGUGAUUUAUUAUUUGUCUGUAGAAGCAGACACAGUGUAAAUUUACAAACCUACAUUCUAAAAUAAUACAAAUAUGCCAUUGAAAGUUGAGCCUUUCUCUUGGAUCUUAUUGUUUGAUCCCAUAUUAUGUUUAUACUAUUUAAUUCCUUAUGUAAAAGUAAAUUAUCCUUUCCCUUAAAAUGCAUCCCCCAAUUUUAUUGAAUAAUAUGUAAUAGUUCUGUUAAUUGUAAUGAGUUUUCUUUUUCUCUUGUAUACUCUAGCAGCAAUCCUAUUGCUGACACAAUUUAUUUUUCCUUUUCAAGAUAGAGUCAGAGCCCUGAAAUGAAACAAUUGUACUGAAAAUAGCACUUGUGAACACUGCAAACUUAAAGAAAUGCUUAGAGGUGAACUAUGAAAUGUCCUACAUGAAUCUGGCAAUAUUGGUUAUUCUUGGCUUUGUUCUAUAUAAUGCAUAUUAAUUCAGAUGUUACCUUCUGCUGUGAUUUUUGCAGUCUCCUGGAUGACUGACAUUUUUGAUGUUCAUAUUAAGAGUUUAUUUGGAAAGCAGGAGAGGGUGAUGGAGGUUUGUGAAAUACCUGUGUAAUUGAUUUGGAACAUAUAAAAUAAAUGCUAACCAUUUCUUCUAAUGCCUUUUAAAAUAUUCCACAGGUAAUUGAAAAAUUGACUUUUGUUCUUGUUCCACACACAAUUUUAUCCAAGAAAUAUUAAUUUGCUUAUCAUUUGAUAUUAAACUGCUAUCAUGUUCAGCUUUGUUUCAUGCAAUACAGGCCUAUCAUUUCUUAUUCUAGAGAAUUC